GGGCUUGUUGUGUAUUUGUCCGCCACGGCCUCCCUUGCUUGGCCCUGGCUGGGAAGUAGCCUAAUGAGGCGGGGAGGGAAUGGUGUAGUAGAGAAGCAUCGUUAAAACCUCCCCACGGGAAUGUGAACCUUAAGGACUGAUAUCACCAACAAGUCGCUGCAUCUGCGUGUUUUUACAUUUUACCUGGUUUCUCAUGGAAGCAGAUGGAUUUGUGAGGAGGCGUCGGAUGACAGCGGAGACUACAGGCAAUGAUCCCGGGGUUGCUGGUGCAUCUGCCGGGGCAGAAGUUCGAUGGCUUGGGGGAAGAUUCUGGGGAGUUUCGGAAAGUAUCGUGGGUAGCCUGUCACCCCGGAUCGGAGGGGAAACGGAGCUGCAGACUGUUGAUUUUAACCGUAGUGCACAAGAUGCUCAAACAGAGGACUCUGAACCAGACUAUGAGGGAUUGCCACAGGGAGCCUCCACUAGCACCCACAUGUUGGCUGGAGCCGUGGCCGGGAUCAUGGAGCACUGCCUCAUGUUCCCCAUCGACUGUGUCAAGACACGCAUGCAGUCCCUCCAGCCCGCCCCUGCAGCCCGCUACAGGAAUGUGAUGGAUGCUCUCCGCCGAAUUAUAGCCACAGAGGGAAUCUGGCGGCCAAUGAGGGGGCUGAAUGCAACAGCAGUUGGCGCGGGACCUGCCCAUGCCCUCUAUUUUGCCAGCUAUGAGAAACUCAAAAAGACUCUAAGCGAUGUCAUUCACCCAGGGGCUAACAGUCAUUUGGCUAAUGGAACCGCUGGGUGUGUGGCCACACUGCUUCACGAUGCAAUCAUGAACCCAGCCGAAGUUGUGAAGCAGCGCAUGCAGAUGUAUAACUCGCCUUACCGCGGCGUGAUGGACUGCGUACGCGCCGUUUGGUAUAAAGAAGGCCCUGCUGCGUUCUACCGCAGCUACACCACCCAGCUCACCAUGAACGUGCCCUUCCAGGCGCUCCACUUUAUGACCUAUGAGUACCUUCAGGAGCUGCUAAACCCCCACAGACAGUACAAUCCCUCGUCCCACAUGAUGUCCGGAGCUUUGGCUGGAGCUAUCGCAGCCGCGGCAACUACACCUCUAGAUGUCUGCAAGACCCUGCUCAACACCCAGGAGUCUCUAACCCUCAACUCCCUGUCUUCCAGCCAAGGCCCCGGACAGGGCCAUGGCCAAGGAGCCCACAGACAAAUCUCAGGCCUGGCCCAUGCCUUCCGGACUGUUUAUAGGCUGGGCGGCCUGCAAGGUUUCUUCAAGGGAGUGCAAGCGAGGAUCAUCUACCAGAUGCCCUCCACAGCCAUCAGCUGGUCAGUCUAUGAGUUCUUCAAGUAUGGACUCACCAAGCACCAGCACAAUAAGAGGAGAUCACAGCAGAAGGAGGCUGAGAUCUAAAUAUCUCCUCGAUUAAUUCUCCUAUGAUAUUGUCCUGCCCUCCCUCCGAGGACAAGAUCAUGUCCAUACGCACAUAGAAUAUGACUAAAAUCCACCUCAGUUUUCCCAUACUUAAAAACAUAGCAUAUAAGUAAUAUUUCUGCUACGCUAUUUCAACACUAGUUAUGGUUUGAGUUGUGUUUAUUCUCUCCUCCAGAAGAAAACACUUAUACAGUAAUAUAGAACUAGGUUUUUUUUUAGCAAUUGUAGUGACCUCUACGCUUGUCAAAGCUGAGGAUUAAUGUCAAGAACGCACAAGUUUUGAGUUGGAAUGGUAGUCAGCAGAGGGCAGUAGUGUUAACUCUUUUAGUUUCAUCAAGUUUGCUGUCCAGGAACCAGGUUUUAAUGUUCACCCAUCUAAGUCUGGAAUUGGCAAUUAAACAUGAUAACUGGCUUUUGAACCUGACCCUUUUCUGGAUUAAGGAAUAAUAUAAUAAUGAACUACUCUGAUAGUAAUCAAAGAAAUGAAAAGUACACUUUCUAGUUUGGGCAACACACAGGCUUUCAGUCCUUUUUAUCAAAGUAUUUUUUGAUUUGAUCUAAUUUUAAAGUUUUUCAUCCAAUAAGAAUACAAAACAAACUGCCCCUUGCUGACAACAUGUUCUUACACACAUUAUUUUCUGGAUCAGUACCCAGAAAAACUUGAACUGUAAUGGAACCCUGCAAACUUGGCAGCUUUAGGCCAAGAGCAACAGUAAUUUUGUAUAUCUUGAUCAAUUGAAGUAAUUUAUGGUUUCAAAUCGUAACCAAAGACCAGAUUUGGGGUUUCUUUUUCUUUUUCUAUUGGCAAAUAAAGCAAUAAUUAAUUUUUUUCCCUGCUUUUUCAAAUGACACAUUUCCAAAUGUUCCCUUUGAUAUAAUUGGACAGUAUGGUCUACAUACAACAAACAUACCAUAGUAUUUACCAUUGAGGUAUUUGAAGAGUGCAUUUGGGUUAUUUUAAUUUGGAUUCCUUAUUUGGUAUUUUAUUUCCCAGCAAAUAUAUUACUUUAAACUAAUAUUUUCCACAUUUAAAUGUUAAAUCAACCCUUUGACCACCAAAAUUCUCACCAUUUAUGCCUUGUGUACGUGUUUGGCAGAGCAGACCAGGGCAGCAUUGAGAAGGCCAUUUCUGUGCAUUAACUGUAGCUAUCAGCUUGUGAACUACUGAGAUUCCAUAUCUGUGUUUGACAGCAAAGUUUGUGUACAUUUAACUGUGCCCACUAGGAUUCAGUAUCCCACAAGUUAUGUGUCUGUAAUCCCCCCCCCCCCCCCCCCAUUAAGUACACAUACAUGGAAACUGUCAUUCUUGUUAAUUGAUGUCUCAUUGUUCCCGACACUGAAUUGCACUCGUUGAAUAAAGACUGAGCAGCGGGUCUCUACUCACUGCUCAUAAAUGAUGGGA